AUGAGGAAACUCACAACACUUUCUCUUCUCCUUGCCAUCUUACUUGGCCCUCUUUCAGCCGAGGGUGAUGUUAGCUUCCAAUUGUCAGGUGCCAACAAAAAAUCCUACACAAAUUUCAUCAAACAGCUGAGGGAUGCUGUUCCAACCACAACAACAGUGUGCAAGAUACCUGUGCUGCCCUCUACUGCAUCCGGCCCAAAAUCGUUUACAUUCGUCCAUCUCACCAAUUAUGCAGACCAAACCGUCGUGGUCGCAAUAAACAUAACGAACGUUUACAUUGUGGCAUAUCACAUCGAUCAUGUAUCCUACUUUUUUGACGAUGCGUCGCCCGAAGCUUACAAAGUGUUAUUCGAAGGUACUGAUCGUAAAACGCUUCCAUAUUCUAGUAAUUACGAUAAACUUCAGAGUAUUGUAGGCAAAAAAAGAGAUUUGAUCGAGCUAGGACUCCCUGCCUUAAGCAGUGCCAUUACCAACUUGGUUUACUACGAGUACAAAUCUACUGCGGCCGCACUUCUUGUACUCAUCCAGUCGGUUGCUGAGGCUGCAAGGUAUAAAUAUAUUGAGCAAGAAAUUUCUACGCAUGUUGAUGAUAAAUUUAAGCCAGAUCAAGCGAUCAUAAGUUUGGAAAACAAUUGGGGUGCUCUUUCGAAACAAAUCCAAAUAGCAGCCAAGGGAAAUGGACAGUUCGAAAAACCAGUGGAGCUUAUAAACCCCAACAACACACCAUUUUCUGUAACCAAUGUUUCUUCUCUGGUUGUGACUAGUAAUAUCAAACUACUGCUAUAUUUCAAACUCGCUGCUGCUAAUCACGACGAUCAAGAUAAAACCGUAGGGAAACCGUUCAACAAUGGAGGUGAAAAUUUCAUUACUGUCUGA